GUCUGACUGGACAGAGCUCCACGUUUAACAAACGAUGCUGAUUCCUUUACAACGUUCAACAACGCUAACAGUUUCAUUGAUAUGGUAGGAAGCAAGAAAUUUAUUCAUUAUCAUGGAACCAAACGGACCUCUCGAAAUUCAUGAUAGCUAGUGCUCCGUAUGGUGGUCCAAUAGCUAUGAUACGAGACGAUAAGAAAGUAUUAUUACUUCAGAAACAGCAGCCUAUCAAGCCAACAAUAUACAUGUAUACAAAUGCUGGCAAACUUUUACAACAGAUACAGGUCGUAUCGUAUCAUUAGGCUGGACAGAACAGGAACAACUUGUCAUAGUGACAGAUGAUGGAUCUGCAAGGUUAUACGAUUUGCGUGGAAAUUACACACAGUUUUCGCUUGGCAAGGAUGCCAAAAGCGACGGUAU